CCCCUCGCGGCGCCGAAGGCUCCAAAACCCCCGAGAAGCCCUUGCAGUGCAGUGAAUGCGGGAAGGGCUUCACCAAGAGCGCGGCGUUGGCCAAGCACCGACGCGCUCACGCUGGCGAGAAGCCCUACAAGUGCGGGGAGUGCGGGAAGGGUUUCGGCUUGAACACCGCGUUGCUGCAGCACCAACGCAGCCAUGCUGCCGGCAAACCCUACCAAUGCGGUGAUUGUGGUAAGAGCUUUGCCUGGAGCUCCCAUCUUGACCGGCAUCGGCGUAUCCAUAUGGGUGAGAAACCCUACCGUUGCGGGGAUUGUGGGAAGAGCUUCUCUCAGAGUUCCCACUUGGAGAGGCACCAACGCGUCCACGCCGGUGCCGAGCAACCCUGCCAAUGCACCGACUGCGGUAAGAGCUUCUUAAGCUUUCUUUGGGGGGCCCGUGCGCGACCGGCACCGGAGAGGACCCAUAAGUGCAGCGAGUGCGGGAAGAGCUUCACUUACCGGGCGGAGAAUGUCAAGCACCAGGGGACGCAGACCGGGGAGAAGCCCUAUACCUGCCCCGAAUGCGGGAAGAGCUUCGGGCAAAAUUCGGCGUUGGUGAAGCAUCGCCGGAUGCAUACAGGAGAGAAGCCCUACAAGUGCGGGGACUGCGGGAAGAGCUUCAGCGUCCGCUCGAACCUCAUCAAACAUCAACGGACCCACCUUGGCCGCUGGCGGGAUUGCUGGAAGGUUUUCAUCCAGAAGUCGGACCUGACCAUCCACCGCCGGAUGCACACCGGGGAGAAACCUUACCGCUGCAACGUCUGCGGUAAAUGCUUCAGCGUCUCCUCCAACCUCAUCAAGCACCAACGCAUCCACCUCGGCGAGAAGCCCUACCAGUGCUCCGAGUGCGGCAAGAGCUUCAUCCAGCGCUCCGAGCUCACCAUCCACCAGCGCGUCCACACC